AUGUCCUCGUCUCGUCCCGUAGGAGCCGUCUGCCUGUACUUCCCUCAGACGGAGUACACAGAGACGGUGUACGUGGGACAGGCGGCUGGGACCCCCCUGCUCCAGCUCCACUCCCUGCUGGACAGUGCCUCAGAGAGGCCUCACUUCUACCUGUGCUGGCCCAGCGCUCACAAAGUCCCACUGUACAGCUCCUGGUUCAGCAUGGACCUCCACAGCGGGGUCCUGUCCCUCAACAAGACUCUGGAGGAGAGCGACUAUGCUGCACUGCUCGCUCUGAAAGCCUGGUCGGUGCAGAAGCUGUUCUUGAGGACGAUGGUUUUACAGUCGAGUUCCAGCUGGAGUCAUUGCAGCAACAGGAAAACAGCACGGAUCAUUCUGGACUUUGUGAACGCCUCCGUGCCCGAGUGUGCACACACCGACCCCAAAGAGCUGUGUUUCCCCCACAGAGACACCUCCAUCCCCCACAUCAUGGAGAACAGGUUUCCAGGAGCCCUGAAGCAGCUGCAGAGGCUGAGCCGAGCCAGAGUGUGUCCCAAUUACACCAUCACCUACAGCGUGGAGUCAGAGUCGCCGGCCCCUUUCGCGGUCAACGACUCGACCUGGGAGCUGAUCGUGACCGCCCCGCUGGACCGUGAGGAGAGUGAGCGGUACCGGCUGCUGCUCCUGUGCACCAUCAGGACAGAGGCGGUCAUCACAAACCUGGAGACGCCUCUCGAAGUCUUUGUCAACGAUGAAGACGACAACGCACCCUUCAUCAACGGGACGGACACUGCAGACAUCACCAUCAGCUACAACAGGACCAAGGGAGGUUUGUUCGGCACCUUGUUUGUUUACGACAGAGACCUGACCCCCAUCUAUCCAGAGCAGAACCAGAAUAAAUACGUUUGGACCUCGCUGAACAGUGACCCAUGGAUUAAAGAAACGUUUGACCUCAAGGGAACAUUCAGGGAAAAGAAAAACGCUCUUGGAGGAAUCAGAGAAACUGUCCAUGACUACAAGCUGGUGUUGAAGAGGAGUUUGGUUGUGACUGAAAACCGCUCGGUGCAGCUGCAUUAUCUGGUGAACGACACGACGUACCCAGGCCUCAGAGGAACCGUCCUGCUGCACUUCAACGUCACAGUUUUACCAGUGAAAAUCACUUUCCCCAACGUCACACAGGUCUAUAGUGUGUCGCGACGAGCUUCUGUCUAUGCACAGGUGGGCCGCGUGUGUGUGGACAACUGCCCUGAGUUCGACGGCUUCACUGUCUCCUAUCGUCUGGAGGUCCCUGAUCGAAACCUGUCCUCCAGCCUGCAGUCUUGCUACAGCGCGGUCUCUGUGUCCCAGGCCGCGGAGAAGCCAUGGGGGCUACUGUUUGUGAAUGACACGGAACCGCUGGGACGUCCCGAGUGCAGAGAGCUGGUCUACACUGUGGUGGCAGUGGAGGGACACACGCAGGAAGAGACCAUUGUGCAAAUAGUAGUACUGCUGGAGGGAGAUGCCGCUAAUGCUCAGGAGGCUCAGGAGUUCUCGUCUUGUGCCGGAAACAAACGUCGUGGAGAGUGUGAAUCUGUGAGAGGCUUAGGAGCCACCAAUGGCAGGUGCCAGUGGAGACAGGGCAACGAGAGAGGUAUUUCUGAAUCAUACUCCACCUGCUCCCCAGACCUGCGGACAUGUCCGGAUAGUAUCUGUGACGCCGUUGAAAGCAAAGCCCCUUCCAUCUGCCCCCAAGACUGCACUGAGGACCUGGUGGUGGGAGGACACGAGCGAGGCCUAGAGCGAGGGAUCCAGGCCGGAUACGGCACCUGCUACUGCCUCACGGAGAGGUGCUUCUGUGAGAAAGAGGACGAUGAGGACCUGUAUCGGUUUCCAGUGGCAAUCUGCGACGACAUGUGUAAAACCAUCAUUGCCACCGCGCUGCUGCUCUCCUUCAUCAUCUCUAUCCUGCUCUCAUCCUACUUCAUCCACCGCUACCACAAGAACUCCCCCAAACCUCCCAUCGCCUCCGCAGAGAUGACCUUCAGGCGCCCGGCUCAGGCCUAUCCCAUCAGCUUCAACGCCAACAACCUCCGCCGAGGCUCCCAGGAGUCCAUCGAGACAGACACUUUCAAGAUACCCGAGGAUCCGAAGUGGGAGUUUCCGCGCAAAAACCUGGUGCUGGGAAAGACUCUGGGAGAGGGAGAGUUUGGGAAGGUUGUCAAGGCAACGGCGUUCAGGCUGAAAGGAAAAGCUGGAUACACAACUGUGGCUGUGAAAAUGCUCAAAGAAAACGCCUCUCACAGUGAGUUACGGGACCUGCUGUCGGAGUUCACGUUACUGAAGCAGGUCAAUCAUCCGCACGUCAUCAAGAUGUUCGGCGCCUGCAGCCAAGACGGUCCGAUGUAUCUGAUUGUGGAAUACGCCAAGUUUGGAUCUCUGCGAAACUUCCUCCGCGAGAGCCGGAAGGUCGGGCCGAGCUACAUGGGCCGAGACGCCAACAGAAACUCCAGUUAUUUAGAAAACCCAGACGACCGCGCGCUGACCAUGGGAGACCUCAUAUCAUUUGCCUGGCAGAUCUCCAGAGGCAUGCAGUACCUGGCCGAAAUGAAGCUGGUUCACAGGGACCUCGCGGCUCGCAACGUUUUGGUGGCUGAAGGCAGAAAGAUGAAGAUUUCAGACUUCGGUUUGUCGCGAGAUGUUUACGAGGAGGAUUCAUACGUGAAGAGGAGCAAGGGCCGUAUACCUGUGAAGUGGAUGGCCAUAGAGUCAUUAUUCGAUCACAUUUACACAACGCAAAGUGACGUGUGGUCCUUUGGGGUUCUGCUGUGGGAGAUCGUGACACUGGGAGGAAACCCGUACCCAGGCAUCGCCCCAGAGCGUCUGUUCAACCUCCUGAAGACGGGAUACAGGAUGGAGCGGCCAGAGAACUGCUCAGAGGAGAUGAGAACUGCGCCUUGCAUCUGA